GGGCUCUGUCGCCUUUACGGCGGAAAACAAAGUGCGCAACGUGCCUCUGGAGUGUGUGAAGUGCGGUGGCACUCGACUGGAGUGUGAUUCAGUUUUAAUGAGAUGGAGGUGAAUGAAGAGUUGGCCGGCCUUCAUAGAGGGAGACAUCAAAAACGGUUUAUCCGCAUCUCUUUCUUCUCGUCCGUCUAAAUUUAGCCGGAGAGACAGCACCUUGAAUCAUCUGUUUGGAAAGACGUUAUUUUAUGUUCACUUUUUUUACCGGUUUAUCAUUAAAAGUUAGAUUGGCACCGUGCACGCGGCGCUCCGCGGGGAACGCAAUGGAUGAGUCACUUCAAAAGACCAGUGAGAAGUUGGGAACAGGAUCUGCGGUUUUCAUUAAUGCAGCUUCGUCGCUGUUUUUAUUCCGUACUCCUGCAUUCUAAACAGAAUAAAUUAUCUGCUUUUUUCAAGGUGGGUUCCAUUGUUUUGGAGUCGCUCCCAUGUGUGGCUCACUCCGCGCCGUCUGCAACGCCGUCAGGUCUGUCGGAGGCGAGAGCGCGGCGUCUCGUCGCUGCUCUCAUUAGAGCCGUGCAACAGCGGAGGGAGAGAGAGAGAGAGAGAGAGCGAGGGAGAGAGAGAGAGAGAGAGAACGAGAGAGAGAGAGGCUGCGUGAUGCGACGCGGGAUCUGCGGGAUCCACAGCUGCGGACCGUAACUUUACGCGUGCACGCGUUCAGGGCGCGUGGGAUCACCGCGAUCGUGGUGGAUCGCUGCGGCUUAGCGCACGUGCCCCGGCUCUGCGGACGCAGCGAACACCUGGGCGCUCGCGCUCGCCGCUCGCCGCUCCCCUCCCGGCUCGAGCCGCGGGCUGACAGGUGCCGUACAAGUUGAGGAGCUCCCGACGGGAGUUUGCCACACUUGGUCCCGCGAGCCGCGCUUCAGAACCACGGACAGAUCCGCGCCGCCGUCUGGCCAACAUGCUCAAAGUGCAGAACAUCUGGACUCUGCGCGUUACGUGAAGCUCCCCGGGUUUGCCGCGUGCUGCCGCUCUGCGCGUGAGGACGAGCCGCAUAUUUCAGGCAAGUUAUCCUGUCCUGCAGCCAGACGCUGUGAACUCCGGCGCCGCUCCGCUUCGAGCCGACCCCCGCGACCCGGUCCUGCCAUGCCGAGUGCGCCGCCCCGCUCCAGGUCUUUGGCCGGUUCCGCCCGCUUCUGGCCCGUCCACCUGCUCCUGGUGGAGCUGCUGGUGCCAGGAGUCCUGCCCAGCCUCUCCAGAGCGUCCCCCACGGCCAAGCGCGAGAUCAUCAUGGAGGGGGACCUGGUGAUCGGAGGCCUGUUCCCCGUGCACCACAAGGGCGACGGGAUGGAGGACUGCGGGAAGAUCAACGAGGAGAGGGGGAUCCAGAGGCUGGAGGCCAUGCUGCUGGCGCUGGACGAGAUCAACGCCAGCGACCGCAUCCUGCCCGGCCUCCAGCUGGGAGCUCACAUCCUGGACACCUGCUCCAAGGACACGUACGCGCUGGAGCAGUCGCUGGACUUCGUCAGGGCCUCUCUCACCAAGGUGCACGAUCCGGGGUUCAUCUGCCCUGACGGCUCGAGGCCCGUCCAAAAGGAGGUGCCGCUGGCCAUCUCUGGGGUUAUCGGAGGGUCCUACAGCGACGUCUCCAUUCAGGUGGCCAACCUGCUGCGGCUCUUCCAGAUCCCCCAGAUCAGCUACGCCUCCACCAGCGCCAAGCUCAGCGACAAGAGCCGCUACGACUACUUCGCCCGCACCGUGCCCCCCGACUUCUACCAGGCCAAGGCCAUGGCGGAGAUCCUGCGCUACUUCAACUGGACCUACGUGUCCACGGUGGCCUCGGAGGGCGACUACGGCGAGACGGGCAUCGACGCCUUCCAGCAGGAGGCGCGCGCGCGCCACAUCUGCAUCGCCACGUCGGCCAAGGUGAGCCGCUCCAUGAACCGCCAGGGCUACGACAACGUGAUCCGCUCGCUGCAGCAGAAGUCCAACGCCAGGGUGGUGAUCCUGUUCACGCGCAGCGAGGACGCGCGCGAGCUGCUGGUGUCGGCGGCGCGCAUGAACGUCAGCUUCACGUGGGUGGCGAGCGACGGGUGGGGCGCGCAGGAGAGCGUGGUGAGGGGCAGCGAGGGCGCGGCCGACGGGGCCUUCACCAUCGAGCUGGCGUCGUAUCCCAUCCGGGCGUUCGAGGACUACUUCACCAAGCUGAACCCCUACACCAACACGCGGAACCCGUGGUUCAGGGAGUUCUGGGAGCACCGCUUCGACUGCAGCCUCCAGGAGCACGAGUGCAGCGGGCGCAGCCUGCGCGACGGCACCUUCGAGCAGGAGUCCAAGAUCAUGUUCGUGGUGAACGCCGUGUACGCCAUGGCCUACGCGCUGCACAACAUGAGGCAGGCUGUGUGCGCCAACGCGUCCAAGGUGUGCGACGCCAUGAAGCCCGGCAACGGCAAGCGCUUCUACAAGGAGUUCAUCCUGAAGACCAAGUUCGAAGCUCCCUUCAGACCCUCCGACACCGAGAACCUGGUGCGCUUCGACUCUGUCGGCGACAGCAUCAGCCGCUACAACAUCUUCCAUUACCACAAAGAAGACGGCAGGUUCACCUACAGGAAGGUCGGCUACUGGGACCAGCUCCUGACCCUCAACACCUCGCUGGUUCCCUGGCACGGCCACGCGCCGCCCACCUCCCAGUGCAGCGACCCCUGCAGGAAGAACGAGGUGAAGAGCAUGCAGCCCGGGGACGUGUGCUGCUGGAUCUGCAUCCCCUGCCAGCCCUACCAGUACCUGCAGGACGAGUUCACCUGUGCCGACUGCAGCUUCGGCCAGUGGCCCCUGGCCAACCUGACCGGCUGCUACGACCUGCCCGAAGAGUACAUCCGGUGGGAGGACGCCUGGGCCAUCGGGCCCGUCACCAUCUCCUGUCUUGGUAUAAUGUGCACGCUGUCCGUGGUCGGCCUGUUCUUCAAGCACAACGAGACGCCCGUGGUGAAGGCCAGCGGACGCGAGCUCUCCUACAUCCUCCUGCUGGGAGUGCUGAUGUGCUACAGCAUGACCUUCAUCUACAUCGCCAAACCCUCCACGGCCGUGUGCACCCUCCGCCGGCUGGGCCUCGGCACCUCCUUCGCCGUGUGCUACUCGGCGCUGCUGACCAAGACCAACCGCAUCGCCCGCAUCUUCAGCGGCGUGAAGAACGGCGCCCAGCGGCCGCGCUUCAUCAGCCCCGGCUCCCAGGUGGCCAUCUGCGGCGCCCUCAUCUCCUGCCAGCUGCUGGUGGCCGUGAUCUGGCUGCUGGUGGAGGUGCCGGGCGUCCGCAAGGAGGUGAGCGCCGAGAAAAGGAACGUGGUCACGCUCAAGUGCAACAGCCGGGAGUCCAGCAUGCUCAUAUCGCUCACCUACAACUGCGUCCUCAUCGUGCUCUGCACCGUCUACGCCUUCAAGACGCGGAAGUGCCCCGAGAACUUCAACGAGGCCAAGUUCAUCGGCUUCACCAUGUACACCACCUGCAUCAUCUGGCUGGCGUUCCUGCCCAUCUUCUACGUGACUGCCAGCGACUACAGGGUGCAGACCACCACCAUGUGCGUCUCGGUCAGCCUGAGCGGUUCAGUGGUCCUCGGCUGCCUCUUCUCCCCCAAGAUCCACAUCAUUCUGUUCCAGCCGCAGAAAAACGUGGCCUCGCUCAGGGUCACGGCCAGCCGCUUCAGCGCCACAGUGUCCGCUACCGCGUCCGCCCCCAGCUCCAGCUACUCCAAAGGAUCAGCCUCUAACUACGUGCCAGCAGUUUGUAAUGGCCGUGAAGUGGUGGACUCUACAACGUCUUCUUUGUGAAAGAAAAAAAGUUCCUCUCUAAGCACAAGAGGCCGUCCUCCAUCCUCCUCCCCCUCCAUCACCCGUGGCUGUGCACGACGGAGCCUUCAUGCCAUCCAGCGUGUUGCGGACAGAUAACUCUGUCUGGGUGGGUGGGCUGACCGACAGUGACCAGGGUCCUUCUAACUGUGAAAGCUAAACGACCUUCCCUCAGCAAGCCGUAUGUAUCAAGUGUAAAGCCUUUUUGUAUAGAUUUAAUAUGCUGUGAUCUCCUUGGUUUACAGAUAGAUGUGACUAAAUGCACCGUGCCUUGUCCUAAGAGUCUUGUUGUCAAAUGGGUGGUUGUGAAGCAAUAGUUAAACAAAAGGCUGUUCUUAUCGUGUCCUACCAGUGCUGUGAGUAUAUCCAAAUGUUUUAGACCUCGAUUUAAAAAAAAGCUACUGAAGAAAUGCAGCUCUUUCUGUUGAACAAAUAUGUGACUAACCAUAGUGAACGUGAUAAAAACUAGGCAACUAGACAAUAUAAAGGACAUAUGUUGAUGUAGACUGGUGUCGUUUUUGUAAUUUAUGUAAAUAAAAUGUUUUUAAUAUUAAAAGACUAAA